GUUCUGUUGUUCCUUUAUAUUCAUAAGCACGUUGGCCUCUCUUUUCACGGAAGGGUUUCGUUCCCAGCUAGGGCUUGAGGUUAUAUAGUGAUACAGUGCUUCACAAUUAUCGAAACUGUGUAUCAUUUUCCUUAUCGCCCCUGCGCCCCUCCCCCAGAUCGGAUCUAUUAGAGGGACUCUCCCCACAAUUAAAAUUUCUUGACAUAUACGAUCCCGAACCAAGGGUAAUAGGCAAACAGACUUUGGGGGAACACAAACAUGGCCACCUGCGUCAGUCCUCGAUCCCACGAGGAUCCGAGCCACCGGGAGACGAUAAGAGGCACGCCCACCGAGCAGAGUCCCCUGCUGUCUCGCUCGUCACCAGCCACAAUGCCGGAUGAUUUGACCUCUACUUCGUCCGACCACCAGACGGCCUGGUGGUCUUCCCUGCAGGAGCUUUGGGUGCAGGGAAAGGGAAUGAUUUUGGUACUUGGGGCCCAGUUCUUCGGCGCCACGAUGAAUGUCAUGACGCAGGUCUUGGAGAUCAAGGGGAAUAAUGGGAAGGGAUACCAUCCUUUUCAGAUCCUCUUCGCACGCAUGUCCAUCACUGUCAUAGUUAGUUACCUGUACAUGUGGUACACCAAAGUGCCGCAUCCAUUCGGAACCAAGCCGAUCCUGUGGCUGCUGUUCCUACGUGCCAGCGGCGGCUUCUUCGGCGUCUAUGGGCUGUACUAUUCAGUCCAGUAUCUGCCUCUGUCCGAGGCCACGGUCGUUACCUUUUUGGUCCCCAUUCUUACCGGGUAUGCCUGUUCGCUGUUCAUCCCUCGUGAAACGUUCACCCGCAAGCAAUUACUGGCUGGGGUGGUAUCCCUGGCUGGAGUCAUUCUGAUUGCCCGCCCGUUUGCCUUUCUGCGUGUGGGCGAGGAGACCGACGAUGGAGAAGCCGGCGAUAAGCCCGGCGCGACGGACAGCUAUCACCAUGUUUUGGCGAUCGCCGUCGCUCUGCUGGGGGUCCUCGGAGCCACCUGUGCUUACACAACCAUCCGUAUGAUCGGCCGGCGCUGCCAUCCGCUCGUGUCUGUCACCUGGUUCUCUUCGUACACGACCGUCGUGUCCUCCCUCGCGAUGCUGCUGGUCCCGUCCAUUUCCUUCGCGGUGCCGGUUACGUUGUUCGAAUGGACUCUGCUACUCGGCCUCGGAGUCUGCGGGUUCCUGUUGCAGUUCCUCCUCACAGCUGGCCUGUCAUAUGUCCCGCCGGCACGGACACCCAAAGAUCUCCCAGAUGGCUGUGAGUCGAGUGCAUAUGGCACCCAAGCGAGCGGUCGCGUGGAGGAUGAAGAACAGCAGCAGCAGCAACUCGAAACCAAACCUCCUGCCCAGAAGACCUCGUCGGGAUCCCGCGCCACGUUCAUGAUCUACACCCAGAUGCUGUUCGCUCUGUUCUAUGACCGCAUCGUCUGGGGUAGCACUCUUUCACCUGUGAGCUGGGUCGGAUCGGGGUUGAUCCUGGGCUGUGCCAUUUAUGUGGCUGUUGCGCGCGAGGAACGUAAACCUGAGAGUGCUGCUGCUGAGACCGGCAGCAAGAACGACGUCACGGCUGCAGCACCAGCAGACGUGGAGAAUGAACGACCGGAGGUAGGCGGACAGAGGUAGGCGAGCAGAGGUAAAGGGUGGCAUGCAGCUAAAAACGCACAUCUGCAAGUGAGCACAGCAGAGGGGGAAGAUCUGAGGGAUUUGGCCAUGGGUCAACAGAAAUCUGCUCAAGUUGUGAGCAGCAAGGAAUGCCCCCGACAGCGGAUUCGGCUAGUGCGGGGUGAUUCCAAUAAAAUGGAGGCAAGCGACACGAUAGAAGAGAAUUGUGGGGUUGCCUUACCGUGCUGCAUACACACAGAGUGCAGUAGUAGGAUGUAUUAUAGGAGGUGAGCGACAGCGGGAAAUUGGUAUGCAUGAGUUAUAUAAUGAAUGGAU